GUUGUGCUAAUUAACCUUGUCAAGUGGCCUGCUGGACGUCCUCGUCACUCGCAGCCAGUGGCAUUGUGGCAUUGAUCCUGAAAAGCAGUCUCAUUGCGGGACAUGCUGCAGACGUUCCGAGUCUGCCUCGCCAUCCACGCACGCAUCCUGGGCCGGCGUGUCCUGGCGUCAUCGGGUUUCAGUACAGCAUCCCCCCCUCUAAGCCAAGACUCUGCACGCCGGGUUUCUGACACCGGAGCAGCCGGCCGAGGCCGACGUCUCCUCCAGACAUGUUUGAAUACCCGGAGUCCCGGGCCCGCCGGGAUCCAGCCCUUCCUGUGCACAGCCACGUGCCGAGCGGCGUGCUGAUGCCACCACUGCGUCUCCGGU